AUGCCAUUGAACUUGUUCGAGAUGCGGAAAUUUCUUGACAAUGAUAGCGGCGUUCAACUCUUCGUAGGCGUCGACGAUCCACUUGCAGAUGGCUUCAAGCUCUGGUUUUCUUCAUUCUGCCUCCUGAUAUAUAGGCGUGAUUUAUUUCCCUUUGUUGCAAUACGUCAUUCAAUCUAUCCAUCGAGUCCGUUUCUAUGUUUAUCAAAGCUAGCACAGUCAGUUGGAAUAGGUAUCUAUUUAUCUAUCUAUCUAUCUAUCAUAAAAAAACACUUUUCACGUUUAUCUAUCUAUCUAUCUAUAUCUAUCUAUCUAAAUCUAUCUAUCUAUAUCUGUUCAGAUUAUAUAUAUCUAUCUAUCUAUCUAUCUAUCUAUCUAUCUAUCUAUCUGGGUCUGUUUCCAUUAUCUAUCUAUAUCUAUCCCAGUCUCAAAAAUUCUAUCUAUCUCAAUCUGUUUUUAAUCUAUCUAUCUAUCUAUCUAUCUAUCUAUCUCAAUCUGUUUUAUCUAUCUAUCUAUUAUCUAUCUAUCUAUCUAUCUAAUUAUCCCAGUCUGUUCCUAUCUAUCUAUCUCAAUCUGUUUCCAUUAUCUAUCUAUCUAUCUAUCUAUCUAUCUAUCUAUCUAUCUAUCUAUCUAUCUAUCUAUCUAUCUAUCUAUCUAUCCCAGUCUGUUCCUAUCUAUCUAUCUCAAUCUGUUUCAUUAUCUAUCUAUCUAUCUAUCUAUCUAUCUAUCUAUCUCAAUCUUCUGUUUCUAUCUAUCUAUCUCAAUCUGUUUCAUUAUCUAUCUAUCUAUCUAUCUAUCUAUCUAUCUAUCUAUCUAUCUAUCUCAAUCUGUUUCCAUUAUCUAUCUAUCUAUCUAUCUAUCUAUCUAUCUAUCUAUCUAAUUCUGAUUCUCUACCCCCCCUCCUCCUCUCUCUCUCUCUCUCUCUCUCUCUCUCUCUCUCUCUCAUUCUGUUCCCAAAAUGUCUGGAAUGAAUUUAUUGUUAUCUAUCUAGUUUUCAAAAGUACUUUCAACUUUAGGGAAUUCUUUCCAGUGAUUUGUGUCCCGAAACCCAAAAUUAAUUGA